AUGGGUCUUCUAGCGAGUCGCAUUGGCAAAAAGGAACUGUUGACUGAGGUUGAAGAAGCUCUGAAGCAGCAGCUGAUAACAGACAUGUUGUCUACUCAGUUGUGGAGAUUUGAAGUUCAUUCACGUCGGCACAAGAAGACGAUAGACUGGUCUUGUAGAGUACACAACUUGCUUAUUGUCACGUGUAUUGGUCUUCUCCAUACUUUAGACAGAAAAGAUGUUCUCGGAAGGCCUGGUCUCUCUGCACUUCAAAAGUGUACAACAGCCAUUCGUCUCUUGGCUUAUAGCACUGCAGCGGAUACAGUUGACGAAUACCUCCGGCUUGGUGAAACCACAUCUCGUAAAUGUUUGGAGCAUUUUGUUGACGCGAUUAUUAACUUGUUUGGUGAGGAGUACUUAAGAAGAUCAACACCAGAGGAUCUGGAACGCUUGCUUUAUGUUGGAGAGCAACGUGGAUUUCCCGGAAUGAUAGGCAGCAUUGACUGUAUGCAUUGGGAGUGGAAGAAUUGCCCAACAGGUUGGAAAGGGCAAUUUUCACGUGGUUCAGGAAAACCGACAAUCGUUUUAGAGGCGGUAGCUUCGUAA